CGCCCAACCUCCCUUCAGGCUUCAGUCGAGAUCGCAGCCCGGUGGCGAGCGCACGUCUCCCAUACCUCCGCCCCGCGUCGCCAUUCCGUGCAUUUCUAUCACUUCCUACUCAUUCACCAUUUUACAUUUAAACAAGGAAGUGUCGUGAUCACACGCAGUACUUCAUUGAUUCAAACCGCCGUCAACGAACCUGCCAACUCAUUUCAAUAAUUUUGUGAAGUGUUUGAAUAUGAACUGCAAAAUGAUAGAAGACAAUUGACAAUUCGCUCUCCUCCGGUAGAGUGAGCCAACCACAAUCUCGAUAUUCACUUCGGACGUUACUGAUAUGAAUACGUCGCACUAACAGCGAUUUAGGGCUAAACAGCUCUCCCAUACACAUUCGGACCAUCAAUGCUAAAUUACAGACUGGUGUCAACGCAUUUUUUGAAGCAGCCGUAAAUUGUUACCGCCGCCCCUUCUAUUGACUGUGUGUGCCGUGCCAAUAUGUGUCGUGAUCGGGACAUGUCUGAGCAGAGAAGUGACAUCAUCAAAUAAGUUUACCAAGUUCGCCACAGACUAACGUGUCUAUAGUCAAGUGUCAAGUUUCCCGUCAAAACGGCGCGCGUUUUCGCUCUGCCGUUUCGUUUUGUUUCUUUCAAUUUGUUUUACAUCAAAGGAUAAGCAAUAGCCCGGUGGUUUAGUGUUUGGUUGUGGAUCAUUGGUUGGGGUAUUGCCCAAGAGCGGGCCUCAGUGCGACCCUGGCCAGCCGUACCAGAGAAAACAUAUCCAGAAUCUUGGAUUCCAUAGUUGGUGCUGCCAGAUACUGCAUUAAUCGUCCCAUUAACGGCUGAAAACUUUUGGAAAUUGGGAAUUAUUUUCCGAGUUAGCGAAAAUGGUACAAUUGGAAAUUCUACAGGGGUACGGACAGGAAAGUGAGCGCUCGAGCGAGCAUCGGGUAGUAAUAUCUGGGCUCGGCUGGCGUGCGCAGUGCUCGGAACGAGAGCGCGAGAGGACUGAAGACAUGGCGGCGCCCGAGUGCGAGCGAGAGGCCAGGAAGAGACGCGAGCGCCGCGACUCGGGGUGCGCGCACGAGCGCAAGGAGCGCCGCCCGCACAGCGAGGAGCGCACGCCCCCGCCCCCGCCGCCGCCGCCGCUCCACGACCAUAACCGAAUCGAGUCGGAACGUCGUGCUGAGCGGCUGUCCCGCGCCCGUCGCCCACAGUUCGGUGGCAAGCGACGUCGUCCACCCACCAGGGUCUCCAAACAUCCCAAGGAGAACGAGUGCUUCACUACAUCCGAAGAGAUCCGAUGUAGCACACCGCCUCACUUCGAUUAUGUUAUUGUGCAGAAACCACAACUAUGCGAGGAACCGGAGACCCUGGACGCUGUAGCAUUGCAUCGAGUGGCAGGUCGCACAGAAAAUGCCGUUGAGGAGGGCGCAGCUCUAUGCGCGGAGGCCGAACGAGCCCGCAGCGAUGAGAGGAGCGCAGCCCCACUCAACGUCGCACGACGUGAGCAGCCUGUGCCUGACCGACAACUUGAAAAGAUCAAUAAGAAGAUCUCUGUACUCAAGAAGAACAUCACCAAGUAUGAAAAUGAUUUUGAAUCCAAGAAUGGCCAUCCCUUGACUCAGAGUGACAGAAUAACAGACGUGGCGCUGACGCGCAUGAACGAGACGUUGCGCAGACUCCAGGCCGAGAAACGACUCAUCAAGACUGAUCCCGUGGAGUAUGCUCUGAAGGUACAAGCAGCUAAACAGCAGAAAGAAAGAGACGACAAGCUUGAAGAGUCGCUCAAGAGUGAUAAACCUAUGGCUGAUAUCGUAAAAGAUAUCGAAGAGUGGUUAGAGGGCUGUCGCCAGGCGGCAGGCCGGUCUUCGGUGGGCGAGGGGAGCUGGACGGCGGCGCAGCUGGCGGCGGAGAAGCUGUGCGUGCAGCGCGUGCUGCUGCGGCUCGAGGCGGCCCGAGGUCGGCCCCCUGCGCACUCCGCCGAGCGCGGCGCAGCCCGACACCUCUACGAGCGCUACAGAACCGUCAAAAGAGUGCUCGCGUCCUCUAGGCCUGAUGCUAUCAUAGGCUGCAUUAACGGCGAAUUGGCAACUAUUCACGAGCAUGAGACCAUGCUGUUCAACUCCAGCGUCGAUAGUUCCAGCGACUCUCAAGAGAAGCCAUCGGACUCCUCACAGGAGACUACAGAGACUCCUCUCCAGUCACCUCCGAAUCGUGAUAGUGCUGCACCGGGCGAAGAGGUCCCAUCGUCCACAUCAUCAGCUCAGUCUGCCACCAGCGAGGAAGCUACACCUUCCAACGAGGGACUUCACUGUCUCAGCAUUGAUGAACUCAACAAAGCUCUCACUGAAGCUAAGAUGCAGAAAUCUAUCUUACGCCGCACUAUUAAAGACUACGAGGUGAGCUUCGAACUCCAGAACAGCAGGAAGGUGCAGCGAGACGACAAGAAAGGUCACGAGGAUGAAUACUGCAAGUACAGGUCCGUGAAGGCCAGGAUAAAACUCAUCAACGCACUCAUAAACAAACAGAAAACACAUUCCAACAACAAAACUCCAAACUAAACCAUAUUUAGUAGUUAUUAAGGCUCAAUAUUGUAUUCAAAGGCCUCGAUCUUCCCGCUUCGAUGUAUAAAGCACACGCGACAGCCCUAAGUCGUAUAUGGUUGUCACUUUUAGACUGUUUCAUGUUUUAUAAAUAUGAUGAUGAUUAUUGAUGUAAGUAUUUUGCAGAUGUCUUGAUGUUAUUGGUGUUCAUUUCUCACAUACAUACAUAAAAUAUAGUGUACAGAUUAAACAAGAUUAGACAUGUUACUGCUUUACGUUAUAAUUUUAAAUACUCAAAGAUUCGAAUGUUAAACCGUUAUUGUAUAAUUAAAUAUGGCAUCAUAAAAUCUAGUGCUUCCGAAAUAUAAUAAUUUGUGUACCUAUCAUAAUAUAUUUAUGUAAUCAAUCAUGCCCCAAUAUCCUUUGGGAAAAAUACAAAACUUUCUAUUGCAAAUUGCAGCCCAAUUCGUUUAGUUUUCUAUUUAUCAGAUUGUAUAGUGCCAAAUAUUGUCAUUCUAUACAAUUUUGUGGUUGUAAAUAGUAUUAAAUUAGCAGAUCUAUAUGUGUUAAGCCUCGUUCAAAAUAUUCAUGGAAAAAUAUACAUCAAUAUAUAAGUGUUGAUGGUCUUAUACCUUGGGUUAUUAUUGCAGAUACCUGAAUACCCAAAUGUACAUAGUAUUUGAUAGAAAUCGCUGUAGUGCUGAUACGAGUAGAAAUAUUACAAAGAUACAAAAAAUGGAAACAUUGUAACUCUUGACUUUUCACUGCCCUACACUUGACUUUUGACUCGUAACUGUUACAAAGUAAAUACACUGAUUUUCAAUAAAUUUGACCAUAAAAUAAGUACGGGUUCUUAAGCAAAGUACAAGCAGUCUACCUAUAUAAGAAACUAUGUUAUAUAAUGAUACAAAUAUUAUAAAUUCAUAUAAACACGUUAAAUGUUUUAAUAUAAUUUAUACAUAAUUAUGAUUAUAACAAUAUUGCUGUUUCGUACAGUUGGUUGCAAAAGUGAUAGACUUCGAUAUUGUAGCUGAACUUGCUGUUCUUAUUUAUUAGAUGGUUAAGAUUUUAGUACUUUUGCAACCGACUGUACUCUUGUAUAAAUAGGGAUGGUAAAUACCACACUUUUGUGGAGAAAAUGGACUCGAUUGGUUACUUUGAAGGUUUAUUCAUUUUACUGGUUCGACUAUACGGAUUCUGUAUAUGAAACUUGGCUAGACGAAUGGUGAAAAUCCUGCUAUGUAAGGAAUUUUAAUGUAUAUAACAAACUAUGACAGAAUAAAAUAGGGGAGCUAUAAGAGUUUUCGAUCAUAUACCCCUAUAUAUUAAUACUUAUAAAUGUUAAUGCUACUAAUAAAAAUAGUUAUAUUACUACUAUACGUGUAUAACUACGAGACCUGAGAUAGUAGAGUGAAAUCAAGAUGUGAACGAAGCUUCACGCUUUGGAAAUUUGGAUUGACGAUGACGAAGAAAUUGAAUUACAAAAAUAUCGAGUUUAUAUAUAUAACUUUACCGCCUAAGACUUUAUUAAUGUCGUGAACUUUACGUUGCUUUGUAUUUUUGUAUUAAUUUUCUUCCUUUAUAUGUUUUUUGUAUUGUAUUGUAUCGGAUCUCAUAUUGUGUGUUAGAAUUGAAGCUCUUAGAAGAGCUGAAACCUUCGUUCUCUGAAAGAGGACAAUAGCAGUUAAUAUAUAUAUAUAUUUAUGUAUUUAGUGAUAAAGUACUUACCUGUGAUUUUAUUGUAACAAUCAAAAUCUUGUGUGACAAGAACUUGGAUGGUUUACUAAACGUUGUGGUAGAUGUUAGGUGACGAUUUUACGUUGAACAAAAUUAAUUUGUAUUUUCGCAUUGUUUUGAACAAUAUCUACUAUAUAAAUGGAUGAGACUUGAUAAAUGGUUUAUUGUAAACCUAAAGUAAUAUCUAUGUAACAUUAUAUUAAUGAAUACGAGAUAAUUAUGAUGUUUAGAUGCAAGAUGUUGAUUAUAAGCAUUGUACAUUUGUUCUCCUUAAGAACUUAUUAAAAGCAGAAUAAUAGUAUUUGAAAAAUAUCUCUUUCAAUGUUACAAUGCUUUAAUCAACGUCUUGUUUGUCGCUUGUCAAGACGGCGAGCAGUUUUAAUACCUAAUUAUAAUGAUUGCUUUGCAAUAUAAUAUAAGCUCUGCGUAUACAUAUACAAAUAUAUGACAAAUCAAAAUGGAUAUCAUAUCAAUGUUUCACAACAGUUAUCUCUUAGUACCGAGAAUGUGUAAAUUAGUAUUUUCUAAGUUAUUGUCCCGAGUCCCUCGCCAAUAUUAGUCGAGCACGAUGCCGUUUGAAUGGAUAUAAGUAUGCAAAUAAUACAUAUACAUAUAAUUAAAUGUUUGUCUGUGCAAUUCGGACACAGAAUGCAUGAUAUUGUAAUCAUAUUCAGUCAGUAGAGUUCCGCAACUUGCCACUAAUAUUCAUAUAAUAUUUAAAAUAAAAAAAUAGAACAAUA